GGAACAAAACUACAGUUGUUCGGUAAUCCCAGUUUUGGAGGCCAUACGAAGGUACAGUAGUAGAUAACUAGUUGCACAUAAAGCUUGAAGAACAUAUCAUCUACAUAUCUAAUGUAUCCAUCCGACGCCAGGGUUGGCUUAUGCCUGUAACAAAUGAUAAACCAUAAAAAAAUUGUGUGCACGAUUUAUCAAAGCCAGAAAUGUUUCUCUAUUGAAAUAUAUCGAUUUUUUUUUACAGUAUUUCAGCGCAAGUUGUGACGACUUAACAUGCUACUUUCCCGAUGGUGUUGCGUCAAUCAUAGUAGAACAAGAUUCAGCACCUUGGCAAGUUUUUACUGAAGUUGGUUAUGAGGGAAACCCAAAAUAUUUGUACCCUGGUAACUAUGAUGACCUCAACGAGCUAGGGCUCGAAAAACCCGUAAAAAGUUUUCGUACAGCUCCCGUAAGUUUGUCUCUGAUAACAUAUUUGAUCAGAACAGUUAGCCAUAGCUUCCACGACAACCUUACGUUCGCCUAUUGCUCGCCUCCGCUCGCCUGGAAAACGCAAAAGAGGUGUCCUUUUCGGCUGGCAGAGUUAACAAUUAUUAAAGUGAAAAUACGAUCCUCGCGGGUGGGGUCCCAAUUCAUUAACGUGUUGAAAUAAGUCCGAAAAAUACAGGCACCGUUCCUCCAAUAGAUAUGUACUUUCAAAAAAUGGCAUUCCUCUUCCCGUGCAGAUCAAUGCAAUAACGACUGAAAGCACAUUUUCUGAUUGCGGAACUGGGCAAACUGAUCCUAACAAACCCAACGGAACCCAUGUUCAUUGUCUUCAAAGUGCGUUUUUGCUUUUUAGAUCGAAAGAUGAGGAUUGUUAAAUAUUUUGACUUGUUAUAUUUUCACCUCAGAGAAACUUGUCUACAUUCUAUAGGAAUAUCAGCCGUUCUUCUCACCUUCCGGUUUUUGUCGGUGAUUAUUUGUUUCAUCAUAUUGCAGAAGAAGCUCGCUUUGAAGUUGUUUGAAAAACAAAAUUAUGGAGGAACUAAAAAGCGAAAAACAAACAUCAAACUUGAAUGAAUUAAAGAGACUUGCUCAGGUCAUUUCAUGAUGAUGUUAUAUUUGAUCUAGCAGGAUCGUUCAUGCAAAUUCAACGACCACUUCAAUUCCUGUUUCCCUUUUAAUUUACAUUGCAGGGAACAAAACUACAGUUGUUCGGUAAUCCCAGUUUUGGAGGCCUUAAGAAGGUACAGUAGUAGAUAACUAGUUGCACAUAAAGCUUGAAGAACAUAUCGUCUACAUAUCUAAUGUAUCCAUCCGACGCCAGGGUUGGCUUAUGCCUGUAACAAAUGAUAAACCAUAAAAAAAUUGUGUGCACGAUUUAUCAAAGCCAGAAAUGUUUCUCUAUUGAAAUAUAUCGAUUUUUUUUACAGUAUUUCAGCGCAAGUUGUGACGACUUAACACGCUACUUUCCCAAUGGUGUUGCGUCAAUCAUAGUAGAACAAGAUUCAGCACCUUGGCAAGUUUUUACUGAAGUUGGUUACGAGGGAAACCCAAAAUAUUUGUACCCUGGUAACUAUGAUGACCUCAACGAGCUAGGGCUCGAAAAACCCGUAAAAAGUUUUCGUACAGCUCCCGUAAGUUUGUCUCUGAUAACAUAUUUGAUCAGAACAGUUAGCCAUAGCUUCCACGACAACCUUACGUUCGCCUAUUGCUCGCCUCCGCUCGCCUGGAAAACGCAAAAGAGGUGUCCUUUUCGGCUGGCCGAGUUAACAAUUAUUCAAGUGAAAAUACGAUCCUCGCGGGUGGGGUCCCAAUUCAUUAACGUGUUGAAAUAAGUCCGAAAAAUACAGGCACCGUUCCUCCAAUAGAUAUGUACUUUCAAAAAAUGGCAUUCCUCUUCCCGUGCAGAUCAAUGCAAUAACGACUGAAAGCACAUUUUCUGAUUGCGGAACUGGGCAAACUGAUCCUAACAAACCCAACGGAACCCAUGUUCAUUGUCUUCAAAGUGCGUUUUUGCUUUUUAGAUCGAAAGAUGAGGAUUGUUAAAUAUUUUGACUUGUUAUAUUUUCACCUCAGAGAAACUUGUCUACAUGCUAUAGGAAUCUCAGCCGUUCUUCUCACCUUCCGGUUUUUGUCGGUGAUUAUUUGUUUCAUCAUAUUGCAGAAGAAGCUCGCUUUGAAGUUGUUUGAAAAACAAAAUUAUGGAGGAACUAAAAAGGUAAAGAAAUGCACUGUUACUAAACUUUAACAACAAUAUGUCCCGAGAUUCGAUCCUUGCUAAAAGAUCAGUCAAACCUAUUUUCCUGUUUUAAAAGCCCCGCUACCAGAAAUCCGAGACAUCAAUCAUAUUUCAUCUUUAAACAUGACGGAGAAAUAAUUACAAAUAAAUGUAUGAGAUAAAAAAAAUAAAUAUCAGGAUCACUGACCCAUAAGCGAGGAUGAAAAAUUUUCCACCGCCCCUAAAAGAAAGAGAACACCUUUGUGAUAAUAAAGAUAUUGUUCGGUGGAUGAUUUUAAAAGAUGAGUUCGAACAAAUUUUAAUACAAAAUUAACAUAGACUCAAAUCGUCUCACAAAGUCUCAAAUUUCGUAAAAUAUUACUUAAGAAAAGCUCAAUUUUGAACAUCAACCCUUGAAUGAAUUCACCUUCCACCACUCUCAACAGCAUCGUCUGCAAACAAAGCUUGAAGAACCGCCAGAAAUUUCCUGUCGAUCGACUUAAAAGUUCGGACAAAUCGACGAAUUUGAAGAGAAAUAAUUCUUUUGUUCAUCCAAUGCGCUGUUAAAUAAACAUGUGUCACAUCAAGGCGAAAAAUAUAGAAAACGCUCGCCGUAUCGGCGCUUUUCCUUCCUUGUUUUGGUAGUAAUUUUGGAAAUGUAGCCGGGCAUUUUUAUGAUAGGUAACUCGUCUGUCACAAAUUUGAUCUGUAAAUCAAGUCAUGGUUUUUGCAGGCGUUCUGGGCUAGCUGUGAUGACCUGAGCAGUCACUUUCCUGAAGGAGCCUCUUCAAUUAUGGUGAAUAAACAUUCAGAACGUUGGCAGGUUUUCACCGAGGUCCAA